AUGUCUUCGAACGGCAACAGCGAUAAUCAUGGCCAGCUGGACGCAUUGAAGGACACAGAAAGGGCCGCUGUGGCAUCCCUGGCCGCCCGCCUGGAAGGGCACAGCUGCCCGGGCCUCUACGACGAUCCUCUGGCGCUGGUAAGGUACCUGCGGGCCAGGAAUUGGAACGUGGAGCUCGCUGAAGCUCUCAUCCAGAGAACUGGUGAGUGGCGGAAGGACUUUGGCUUUGCCGACGUCUUCAAGCCCAUCACAGAGGAACUGGAGAGGGAGUGUCGCCUCGCAAACAUUUACGUCAGGGGCUACGACAAGAAGGGCAGGCCAGCGUUGUACUUCAAGCCUGGAGGACAAGGAUUCAACGCAGAGCACGCUGGCGUGAAGUACCUGGUCUACUGUGUCGAACGCGCGAUCGCUUGCCUGGAGAAACAGGCCAAGCUGGGCCACCUGGUUUUGCAUCCUGAGGACCCGGUGGCACGGAAGUUCGUGCUGCUGGUGGACUUUCAAGGGGUGAGCACGGGCAGCCUCUUGCCGCUCACUAUUGCCCGGGACUUGCUGCAGGUCAUGCAGGAUCAUUACCCAGAGCGUCUGGGCGUUGCCAUUUUCGUGAACACUCCCUGGCUGUUGCACGGCUUCUUCAACGCUGCCAGCAACUUCCUGGACCCUGUGACGGUGGCCAAGUUCACUUUUGUGUCUGCGACCGGUGAGGAGCUCUCCAGAGUCAUGGCAGAACAUUUUGAGCUCAGCGCUCUUGAGCCCUCUUUCGGUGGCAGUGAUGACGAACCCUUCUGCUCCCACGUCUUUUUGAACACGCCUGCCGGACAGACAGUUUUCGGCCUGGAGUUUUCGGAGCAACUUCAGCUUUGUCCAGAACAUGAGUGCGGUGGGGCAGAGUACGUGGACUUCUUGCACGUGUACCGCCAUUGGCGGGUGCUGAAACUGGCCCCGUCCCAGCGACGGGCCCUUCGGCAGCUGGUGAAGGAGUUGGGGCAAGAGCUGCCACAGGAAGACAAAGACUUCUUCAUCGAUGCCUCCACUUUGCUGCGCUACCUUCGGGCGCAGAGCUGGGACGUGGCCAAGGCAGCAGCUGCCGUGCACGCUACGGCCCGCUGGCGGAAGGAGCACGUCAGCGAGCCGCAGGGCAAAUGGCAGGCGGCACUGGUGCAGCAAUGCGCUUUGGGCCGGCUCUACUUGCGAGGUUUCGACAAGCAGGGCCGGCCCAUUUUGUACGCCAAGUUUCACCAUGAAGACGGUGGUGGCCAUCAGGAGACACUAAACUAUGUCAUCUAUGUGAUGGAGCGCCUUCUUGCACUCCUGCGGAGACUUGAGGAGGACCAGGAUGAGGCGCCGGACUGUGCCACCAUGAUAGUGGAUUUGAGCAGCUACGCAUCUUCAAACAGGCCACAGCUGAAGACGCUAUGGACCGCUACGAGGAUCGUGAAGGAACACUAUCCCGAGAUAUUUGGAGAUGUCUACGUCUUCCAGCCUCCGGUGAGAAUCAGUUUUUUAUGGGACUGCCUGCCAAAGAUCCGGUGCGGCUGCUUGCCGCAGCCCAUGUACCAGCUGCUGGAUCCACAUGUUCGCGACAAAGUGACGGUGGUGACAUCGCAAGCCCAAUGGAAGACCAUCCUGCAAUCCAAGUUUGAACGCAGCAAGCUAGAGAGGAGCUUCGGUGGAGAUUUGAAGCAGCAGUUCACCUCGAAAACCUUUCUCAACAAGAAGUCUGUCAGAGGCAGCAUUUACGGCUGCGAGUUCGAGGAGCAGGCAGCCGCGCCAGAGGCGCAGCGUCAGCGGGUGAGCUUCAGAUUCUCAUCCAAGGAGGAGAUUCCAAUCACGCCCAUUGCCCGGUGCGAAAGUGCUGAAGAAGAUGGUGGGUUCAGCAUUGUGGACAACCUCACCUGGAUAUUCCGCUGA